GCUGUCGCCGCCUGGAUGUAAACACGAUCAGCUGGUGAGGUCCCCGAGUCCCCGUCACUCACUCCUCGCCUCCCCAGCCGUCACCUGCGCCCCCGCCACGCCACGUGAGGCCACCCCAGGCUACUGAGCAAGCUUGGAGCCCUGCCAGGAAAGCAGGAAUUUGGUGUUGGAAACGCUGGGUCCACAAGUCACUUGCAUAAGCAGUAGAAAAUUGUUUAGGGUGUACAAUGGUUGGCCUCAUGAUGGAGAGCCAGAGUGAAGAGACCACCAAGCCUUCGUCAACCACAAGUGAUGCAACACAGCAAGACCAAGUCACAGUGAAGCAAGAGGAGGAGGAAGUCUUCAAAAAGCCACUGUUGCCUGGCAAAGCUGAAAAAGUCUCCAGUAAGCGUGAGGGAACGAAUGCUGCUGCAUCCAAGCUGGCCUUCAAGAUGGAGCAAGAGAGGGAAGAUAGUGAUGUAAUCUUUAAGAAGCCUGUCUUGCCUGCCAGGAGACAAGACACCAAGGUAGAGGAAGAGGAGGAUGUAAUUUUCAAGAAACCAAUCUCACCUGUCAAGACUCAGAGACAGGACAUCAAAUAUGAGGAAGAGGAGGACAUAUUCUUUAAGAAACCUGUUUCUUUUAGUAAGCCACAAAAGCAAACCUCCAAGACAGAGGAAGAUGAGGAUGCAGUGUUUAGAAAGCCUGUCUUCAUCAGCAAGGCACAGAGACUGGCUGGCAAAGCAGAUGGGCAGCAGAAAGAGGACAGUGAUCAAGUUUCAUCCUCAAUCACAAAAUCAUCGGCAUCCUUCAAGUCUCCUGCCCAGAGCUUGGUAGAGAAGUCUGCUGCCGUCCCAUACAAGGAGCCCAAGUGGAGUGGAGUGCCCCGGGAUGGCUACAGCUUUGAGGUGCUGAAGGGUGGCGUCAUCGUGGAGGUGGUCCCCCUCAACCGUCCCUUCUUAGUCAUCGGCAGGCAGUCCCAGUGUGACCUGGUGUUGGAACACCCCUCCCUCUCAAGAUUCCACUGCAUCAUCCAGUACCGAGCAGUGGGGGAGGAGGGGACACCUGUUGGCUUCUAUGUGUAUGACCUAGGCAGCACCCAUGGCUCCUUCCACAACAAGCACCGCAUGAAGCCCCAGACUUACUACCGCCUCAGGGUGGGACACAUGCUUAAGCUGGCGGGCAGCACUCGCACCCUCGUACUGCAGGGUCCCGAGGAAGAUCAAGAUCCAGAGUCUGAACUGAGUGUGUCUGAGCUGAUGGCCUUGGCUGCUGAGAGGAAAAAGAAACUGGAGAAGCUGGAGGAGGGAGAGGAUGAAGGCGAGAUAGAGGGAGGAAAGAAACAGAAGAGGAAAGAGGGAGAGGACAGUAAGAAGACUGGAGAGGAAGAUGACACUGGUAUAAAUUGGGGCAUGAGAGAGGAUGCUGAGGAAGAAGAAGAGGAGGAGGAGGGGGAGGAUGAUGAAGGGAGGAAGAAUCCUUUUGCCUCUGCCAGUGAGGAGCUUCACCUGGAUGACCCCAAGAAGACUCUGAGAGGCUGGUUUGAACGACACGGCUAUGACCCGCCCAGCUACACCCUUGAGGAGAUCUCCCCUGGGUGCUGCAGGUGUUCAGUGGAGCUACCAGUGGAGGCUCCAGGCAAGGCACAAGUGGUGGUGUCUGUGGAGCACCGUGGCCGCAGGAAGGAGGCUGUGGUGCAGUGUGCCAUGGAGGCCUGCAGGACGCUGGACCGCAGAAAUCUACUCCGGCAAGCCAAGUAUGAGGGUCACCAACAUAAAAAGCGUGACUGGGCUGAGAAUGAUUACUAUGACUCGGAUGAAGAUGACUUCCUGGACCGCACAGGUGACAUCCAGCGGCGGCGCCUCAAGCGGAUGAAGGCAACGCAGGCAGCAGGCAAGGAUGGGGAUGCAGAGACUUAUGACUCACUGAUGAAGAAGUACACUCAGGCAACAGAGGAACUUGUCGACCUUGAAGGGAAGCUUGCUGAGGCAGCAGCAGUGCAGGAGGCCAGUAAGGCAGGAAGGGGACAGGCUCCAGAGGAUGACCUUGACUCUUUCAUGCAUUCCCUGAAGUUCCAGGCUCCAGACAAACACAAACGGGUGACAUGGAAGCUGCGGGCCAUCGAGCUGCGCAAGGAAGAGCUCAAGCUGCGGCGUCUGGUCAACAUUGCACGUCCACUUGGAAUCCCUGAGCUGAAGCCGUACCAGUCCCAGCAUGGCACAGCUGCAGGAGGGAGUAGACCUUCCCAGCGGCCAGGACAGGCUGGCUUUGGUGCAAGACUGAAGGGCUUGGCAAUGCCUACCACCACCACCACACCCAAGGAACCUGAGUACAGAGUCCACAAGAUUUUCUUGGAGGAAGAGUCCAAGCCUAAACUAAAGCUGAAGAGGUUGGAUGAUGAUGAUAGUGAAGAAAUCAAACCUGUGUCAAAGAAGCGAAGUCAGCCCCAGGAGAAGGAAGCAGCAGCUCACCGAGAGCCACACCAGAGGAAGUCCAGCCCUGCUCCCAUUGCCAAAGCUUCACCUUCACACAAAGCACAAAAAAGUGAACCACAGAAGUUGUGUGGAGAAGCAAGCUCAGAUGAACUUUCCAAGGAGAUUAAGGAGGAGGCAAGUCUUUUCAGCAAAGAGGAGAAACCCCAGCACAUUAAGUCUGAAGCAAGCAGUGGUGAGACUUUGAAGAGACCCAAACCCCAGAGCCAGGACAGCAGCACAGAGCAGAAGGAUCAGCCGGAAAAGAAGGCCAAAGUAUUGGGUCCUACUCUGCCUCCACACUUGGCACACAAGACCAACCCUCAGAAUCCUGCUCAGCCGAGGAAAAAAGAGAAGAGGAAGUACGAUGAAGAUGACCCCAACUAUGACACCUGGGUGCCUCCCAUGCAUCAGUCUGGUGAUGGCCGCACUUCCCUCAACGACCGUCUGGGGUACUGACCGGCAGCCCUCUGCACUCUACCCUCCUUUAAGUGAAGAGAGAAGUUGAGAUGUGGAUAUGAGAGAAAAUACUCUUAGGGGCAGGUCCGGUGCGCUGGGUCCUCAUCUCCUCCAUGAUCUCGGCCACUCGCUGCCUCACAUCCAGACGCCCCAGAUCCCCGCGCAGCAGCAGCAGGGCCGUCAGGUGGUCACUGCUCAUGUCGGGAUACCUGCAGUAGAACACCUUGUUACAAUAUUCAUGUGGAAGAUGUUAUAAAGCCAUUACCUGUAGAGUGGUAGAACUAUGAUGGUUGUUAAGUGGUUACUAAUAUUCCAUGGUGAGAGGUUUUAGUUUGUAAACUUUAUAAAAAUAGUGUUGGGGAAUAUACUAUGGGGCUGAGAGAGAGAGAGAGAGAGAGAGAGAGAGAGAGAGAGAGAGAGAGAGAGAGAGAGAUUUAUAAGGGACUGUGGUCUGCAAACAUACUGUGGGGUACAUACUGUGGGUCUGUGGGCUGUAGUGAGAGAGAGAGAGAGAGAGAGAGAGAGAGAGAGAGAGAGAGAGAGAGAGAGAGAGAGAGAGAGAGAGAGAGAGAGAGAGAGAGAGAGAUAUUUAUAGGGGUGGGGUACAUACUGUGGGUCUGUGGGCUGUAGAGAGAGAGAGAGAGAGAGAGAGAGAGAGAGAGAGAGAGAGAGAGAGAGAGAGAGAGAGAGAGAGAGAGAGAGAGAGAGAUAUUUAUAGGGGACUGUGGUGAGUGACUGGGGGUACAUACUGUGGGUCUGUGGGCUGUAGUAUGUGAGAGGGAGAGAGAGAGAGAGGGGGGGGCAGGUUAUUUUCAAUGGCUAUCUCUUGCUCAAUACACAACCCAGUAAUAUUUUUCCAAUUUAAUUUCUUCCAGUCACACCAAGCAUGCUAUGAACACUUUCAACAAUUACAUUCUCAACUCUACCAUUCAUAUCACCAAUAAUACUACAUAUAUAUUUAUAUUCCUAAUAAUACAACUUACACAGUGAUAUGUCCAACAAUACUAUGUCCUCCCAAUAAAUUCUACUACCACAUUCAAAUCUCCAUUCACAUUUGAUGGCCAUUUACUCUGCACAGGUUAUAUUACUUCAUCCUCUUUUAUCUCAUACUGCAAUGUCUGUAUGCACUCAGAAACAUUCACCUUUCCUUCCUGUCUUUGUUUCAAGAGUACAUACUUCAUUAAUGCAUUCACAUUUGAUGGUCAUUUACUCUUAAACUCUGCACAGCUAAUAUUAUUUCAGAACACUUUUCUGUCCUCUUUCAUCUCUUAUUACAAUGCCUACAUGCACUUAGAAACGUCCAUCAUCCCAUCUUUCUUUCACAAGAAAAUGCAUCAUCCAACUUUCUUCUCAAAAACAUUCUUGGAGUUUCCUUCCUGUUGGCCUCAAUCAUGUCACACACACACACACACACACACACACACACACACACACACACACACACACACACACACACACACACACACACACACACACACACACACACUGGCCCUAUCUGUCCUCCCCCUCUGUGCUCUGUCUCAAUGUAGGAAGGAGGGAUCCCCAGCCCCUUGUUCCGUCCUUUCCAGUCACCCUUCUUGACACUGGGAAAAAAAAGAGAUGUGCUCUUUGUCUCAUGUCUUAGGGCUGGCCACAUAUUUAUUUGGGCAUACCGCAACAUAUAAAUGGGUACUGGAAUCCAACAUCCUUAUGCCAAUGCCUAGUAAAAAGAUUGGAGAGAAAAUAUCCUUCUCCUUUCUGCCCUGAGAUUCAGUAUAGGAUCACUGGGUGUGAGAUGAGCCUGCUAACCACAGCACAACCUACAGGCAUGGAACACUCAUUUAUGUGCAAAUAGUGUUGCUUGUAUAUAAUAGAGCUUGCCAGACUAGAGUGAGUAUACCCCACAUCACUGGUCACCUGCUGGGAGACCAGACUGACCUGUCUUUACCUCCUCUCAAUGUUUGUUGCUUCAAAUCUUGAGAUGCGCCACUUGCAUCAUGGCACACACACACACACACACAACACACACACACACACACACACACACGUGCGUGCAAUUUUGCAACAUGCCUGAAACACACGAGAUAAAUAGAUGAGGGCAAAAGUUAAAAAAAAUACACAAGUUGUUACAUUAAAAGAAUGGCAAGUUAUGCAUUAUGAGGACUGCCUUGAUAUGAGCCAACCUAGUGAUUUAUUUAGUAUUACUGUUCACUCUACAGUAUGCAGUUUUUCUAUGUAAGCAGUUACACUCUCAAAGUAAACUUAAGAAGUAAUAUACAUGUAACUAAGAAAUAAAUAUAGGCUGGGAAAAUGAUAAAAUAGAGUGAUGCAGCCACACGGGAAACAACUGUUGAUUCAGUCAUCUGGUGCUAACCUGUUCAAGCCUUCAUCAUUUUUAGGUGCAUAUUACAACACACCAGGAAUGCAGAGAAGGGUCUGCCAUGUCCUGUGUGAUGGAGCUGGCAGAGUGGCUCACCAUCCAGCAUGACUGUACCACAUCCCAGCAUGCACUAGUGUAGCAGUCCAUGGGGCUGUCAUGUCCCAAUGCCAGUAUAUUUUCAUUCAUCUAUCCAUAUUUAUUUUCAUAAAUAAUGAAGACUA